AUCAACAACCAUUGGGUGAAGUCUAAAGAACGUUCAAUCAGCAUGGCCACUUCCCAAACAACCCCUACUCUCCUACAAGAAGAGGAAAGAGUAAGCCAGGAAGGCAGGGAAUUACUGUCCUCCCUUCCAAGAGAAGACGGCUGGCGAUACACUCCUCUCUAUCAAUACCAAGGCAUUUGGUACACUAAAAUCGGUCUACCAGGAACCAUCGCAUGUCAACGACACUUCCAAGCUCGUGACAGUGAUAUAUUACUCGCGACCACACCUAAAUCAGGCACAACAUGGCUCAAGGCACUUGCAUUUGCUAUCGUGAACCGGACUCGCUACCCAUAUCCUCAGCACCCCUUGCUCACCAACAAUCCCCAUAAACUUGUCCCAUUCCUGGAGGUCGACCUCUACCCAGAUAACCAAAUUCAUGGUCCUGACAACAUUCCCUCCCCUGCCGUCAUCUGCACACAUAUACCUUACAUGGCAUUGCCACAAUCCAUUAAAGACUCUAACUGCAAAGUUGUCUAUCUUUGUAGAAAUCCUAAAGAUGUCUUUAUUUCACUUUGGCAUUUCAUAACAAAAUGGACAGCCGAGACUCAAUCAUAUUUUUCACUUGAAGAGGCAUUUGACCUUUUUUGUGCAGGUGUUACACCGUUUGGGCCCUUCUGGGAUCACGUGUUGGGGUAUUGGAAAGCUAGCUUAGAAAAACCUGAGAAGGUAAUGUUUCUUAAGUAUGAAGACUUAAAGAGAGAGCCUAUGGUUCAGUUAAAAAGGUUGGCGGAGUUUUUAGGAUACCCUUUCACAUCUGACGAAGAAAGAAAAGAGGUGAUCCAUGAUAUACUACGGUUGUGUAGUUUCGAGAAUUUGAGCAAUCUGGAGGUGAAUAAAACGGGAAAGUUUCAACACAAGCACGAGUACUUAAGUGGGCUUGACUAUAAGCUUUUCUUUAGGAGAGGUGAGGUUGGUGAUUCAUCGAACUAUCUUACAUCCCAAAUGAUUAAACGGUUGGAUGGAAUCAUUGAAGAAAAGUUGCAAGGUUAUGAUCUGAAGUUCGAAGUAUCCAUUUAGAAUCGCGUAGCUCUGUUCCAGUUCUCUAAGAAUUCCUGUAUGCUUUCGUGUGUGUUUUGUUAUUGUGGGGACAUGCUGUGAUAUAACCCACAUCUUCGUAAAUUUGCUGGUUAUGGUUGCGGGGUUUUGAUGGAAUGCAAUACCCAACGUCUCAGAUACCAUCCACGGUCUCAUUCCAACAGAUGGAUGGCAGCCAUUUCAGAGAUUGGGGCCAUUUAUCAGCAAGCGUACAUUGUGAAAAUGCUGUGGACAAUAUAUAUAUAUAUAUAUAUAUAUAUAUAU